AUGCGACGGGACCGUGAAAAUGAAAGGUCUGAGAGAACACGGCAACCCGUCAUCAUGGGCGCCACCCGGUUCCACCGCUCCAUCCUCGAGGUCCGGUUGCCGAAGCAUUUCGUCAAACCAACGGACAUGAGGUAUGAUGGGACGCAAAACCCGCAGGAGCACCUAACGGCUUUCGAGGCCCGAAUGAACCUCGAAGGAGUGGGAGACAAGGUAAGGUUCCGCGCUUUCCCGGUCACCUUGGCAGGCCCGGCGAUACGGUGGUUCAAUAGCCUCCUGCAGGGUUCUGUGGCCGGUUUCUCGGACAUCAACCGCGGCUUCUUGGCGCAAUUCACUACCAGAAUCACAAAGACAAAGCACCCAAUCAAUCUCCUCGGCGUGACCCAACGCACCGGGGAGAUCACCAGGAAGUACCUAGAUCGGUUCAACGAUGAAUGUCUGGAAAUCGAGGGACUAACCGACUCUGUGGCCAGCCUUUGUUUGACGAACGAUCUUCUUAAUGAGGAUUUUCGAAAAUAUCUCACCACCAAACCGGUCUGGACGAUGCACGAGAUCCAUAUCGUAGCCAAGGAAUACAUAAAUGAUGAGGAAGUCAGCCGAGUUGUGGUUGCCAACAAACGGCAACCCUCCUACAACCAACCCAGGCAACACGGUAAUGGAGAAAGGCAGAAGGAGCAAGUCAGAGACGGGGGCCCAAGCAGAGCACCCAGACCGCCUCCCUGGGUCAGAAAAUUCGCCAACUACACCCCACUCACCCUCCCCAUCAUAGAAGUUUACCAACAAAUAGCCGAAAAGGGGAUAUUGUCGAAACCCCGACCUCUGAAAGAUCGCACAGGGGGAAACAAGAGUCUCUACUGUGAUUACUAUAAAGGCUAUGGACACCAAACACAAGACUGUUUCGACCUGAAGGACGCACUGGAGCAAGCGAUCAGAGACGGUAAACUGACUGAAUUCUCCCAUCUCAUAAGGGAACCGAGGAGACAACAUAGUGACCACGGUGACGAGGGCAAGACCCGAUCGACGAAAUGGCGACAAGAGCCAGAAGACAACGAUCACGGCCUCACCGUAAUAAAUGUGGUGACCGCCAAAAACACAGUGCCAAAGUCGAGAUCUGCGCACAAGAAAGACGCCAAAGUCCUGGAAAUUUCCUCCUCGCCGGCACGAAGCUCCAAGAGGUCCCCAACCAUUUCCUUCGAGCCAGAAGAUCAUUGGUUCGACGAGGUCCCUGAGAACCCACCCACGGUCAUUACGGCUAGGGUGGGAACCGGCCUCGUCAAACGAAUCCUUGUGGACACGGGGACAGACUCGAACAUUAUGUUCCGCAACGUGUUUGAUGCGCUGGGAUUACGGGACGCCGAUCUCAUGACUCACCAACACGGUGUCAUAGGGUUAGGUGACCACUUCAUUAAGCCAGAUGGGAUAAUAUCUCUGCCGACCUCUGUGGGAUAA